AUGCCGUACGCACGCAAGCGGGCGGCGCCGUUCCAUGGCAUUGACGGCCUCGCGGCGCCGCCAAGCCGGCAGGAGACCGACGCCAAGGGCCGCAUCCAUGCUGCGCACGACGUGUUCCAUGUGGAUGAGCGCGGUGAGACCCGCAUGGCCUACUCGGCCGUCCUUCGCCCGCGCACCAUCGCCCUCGAUCACGCUCCUGCUGUCCACGACAUCCACUGCGCCAGGAGCACCCGCUCUGGAUCGGACGUCCUGCUCGUCGUCUCGUCGGCGCCCGAGGAAGUCAUGGCUUGGCCGGUUGGUGCGCCCGCUGUCGGCGGCGCUCACUUUUCCUGCGGCAAGCCGCUGAUGGUCCGCCUCGCGGGCUCGCCGUCGCGGCUCGGAUCGUCGGGCGUCGUCUCAUGGCCGGUGGUGGCCUCCAAUCUCACCGAUGUCUUUGAGCACGCCCAUGUGGUCUUUCACCACGAGCCGGCUGCCGCGUUUGAGCCGCCGCGCCACGACUCGCAGUCCAUGCUGCCGCGGGUGGCACUCGACAAGACCUUUGACGUCUUCAACUUCAACUACGACGCUGACGAUGACAUUGCCGCAGAGUUUGAGGUCACCGCGGGCCCGCUCACCUGCUACAACUGCUACGCGUACAUGAGUGCCGGGGUGCACAUGGAGCUUACCAUCGCCAACUUUUGGAUCGAGAGCUUUGAGGUCAAGGUAUUUGGCGAGGCCGCCGUCAACGGCGACCUUGCUGUGGAGAAUCCGUCGUGGACCGAGAACAUGGACGAGGACCACGCGUUUGAUAUUGGCGGUGAGAUCCCAGGCGUGGCGUGGAUCUUUGUCGCCGCCGGCGUGCCCAUGCACAUCCAGCCCAAGUACCGCCUCCAGGGCAUGGCCAAGGCCAUGGGCUCCAUCACCAUGCGCAUCACCGCAGGGCUCUCGGCCAAGGCCUCGGCCGAGUUUGGCGUCCGCUACCGCAACAACCGCUGGUCGCUCAUCAUGGCUCCGGCCUGGGGCCUCGAGCUUCGCAAGCCGCAGUACUUCUUUGAGCAGAAGGACGUGACGCUCAAGGCGUACGUCAUGCCCUCGCUCACCAUCAUGAUGUGGCAGACCGUCGGCGUCGGCGUCGUCGCCAAGCCCUACAUCGGCUACGAGCUUGUCGACGCCUCGGGCAAUGCCGUCAACAACGACGACGCCAAUGGCCGCGUCGUUGGUUCGCUCAUCGACAUUCCAGACUCGCCACUUGCCCGCCCUAACCCGGUCAACUACGCCCCGUUCAAGGUCACCGCCACGACAACCUCGGUCACCCUCGGCUGGCUCCCACCCACCCUCGGCGCCCGCACCUCGGCGCCAACCCGCUACGCCCUCGACCGCUACAAGUGCGGCCUCUGGCCGCUGCCGUGCGCGGUGACAACAAACCCGUGGGUCGCCGUCACCGACGCCAUCGACCCAUCGGCGCCAUCCCCGCUUCGCCCGCGCUACACCAUGACCGGCCUCGAAGCCGACCAGGGCUAUGGCGUGCGGCUCAAGGCCGGCUCGGCCUCGGGCUGGGGCGACUACUCGCCGACCGUUGUCGUUGGCACCUCGGACGGCUCGCCCUCGCUCGACUCGGUCUACUUUCCGCUGCCCGGCACGUCGUGGGCGACCGGCGACACCGUCGAAGUUGCAUGGGGCGCGUCGGCCAUGUCCCCAACUGCCACCCUGCGCAUCGAGCUGUGGGAGGCCGUCCCGCGGUGGCCCGACGAGCGAGUCGUCACCCUCGCAUCUGGCGUCUCGGUCGCAUCCGGCGCCGCCAACGUCACCCUGUCGUACGAUCUGGAGACCAAGUCCAACUACUACGUAAUGGUUGUCGACGAGUCGGACUCGUCCAACACCGCCGACUCGGGUGAGUUUGCCAUCCGCUUCGUCUCUUCGCCGGCCAACGGCCGGUUCAUUGUCCAGGUUCUCUCGGCCUCAGGCCUCCCCGGCGGCACUGGCAUUGAUCCGUACGUCAAAGUCGCCGUCGCCGACUACGGCGAGAAGCAGACAGCGUACGUCUCAGACUCGACGGCACCAACCUGGAAUGCUGCGCUGGCCUUUGGCCGCGAGAUGCCGGUCGACCGCGCAGCGUCGCGAAGCGUCACCCUCAUCGUCAUGGACGACGACUUUGGCACCGACGCCGAAAUUGGGCGGACCGCUCCGGCGCUCGACACCUCGGGUACCGUCGCGUUCAGGCUCCAGUUGCUGUCGUCGAGCUCGCGCUCGGUCCGCGACACCGCGCUGGUCAACGCCGAACCCGAGGGCCGCGGCCUGGCAAAAGUCGCGCCGCGGGCAGACACCUGUCCCGGCGACGUCUCUUACCAGCUCUCAUUUGGCGUCUCGGUCUCUGCCCGGGUCGCUGCCGUCACCAUUCCGGACGCCACGCCCAUCAUCGGCGGCUACGAGCUUUUCCCUGGCGGCGAGCUCGGCGGUGCCGUCGCCAUUCCGCCGACCAAGUUCUCGUGCGGCGUGGCGUGCUCCGGGUGUCGACAGGCGCUGGUCGACGCUGCUGCGGCACUCGGCGAGUCCAGCACUCCGUCAGCCGAGGCGCUGGCAGAACUCUGGGUUGAGCCCGACCAGCAGCGGCGGCCGUCCAAGGACGCCAUUCUGGCCGAGCGGCGCAAGAAGCAGCUCCAACAGCUGAUCAUUGUGGCAGUCGUUGUCGGCGUCGUCAUGUGUGGUCUUUGCUGCUGCGCGGCAUGGUGCUACUACAAGCGCCAGCGCCGCGACAACGAGUCUCGCCACCACUCGCGUCGGCACGAGGUGGAGAUGGCGCCCAAGCCGCCGCCGGUCGCUGCGCCGGCGGCGGCGCCGGCUGCUCCGGUCCACGUCGACCGCGACUCACACUGGUGGAACCCGAUGGGCAAGGUCCACAUGCCGUGGAUGUCGUCGUCAUCAUCGUCUGCCUAG